AUGCAGAGUCCUGGUCCGAUAUUCUGGCCCGCACAUGUCGACUAUGAUGGUUACUGUUACGGAUGGUGUCAGCCCCUGGUCUGCAUUGCUGGAGUCCUCCAGGCGACUUCGAGGGAACAUGCAGAAAUACUCCUGAAUGACGCUAUACAGUCGGAUGAAUGGCAGAUAGCCAAAGAAGCGAGUUCCCCCGAGCCAGCGAUUGUUGGCCGCUGCUACUUCUCACAACAAGGGAAAUCCUCCCCUUCCAACCCGGGCAUAGAUUUCUUUGGGGAUGUCAACAACUCUGAUCAUCGAGUACCCACUCCGUUCAUUUAUUAUGUCCGUCCCAGGCGGGAGAUGAUGCGAUUCUAUUCCUUCGACUCUCGUGAGCUGGACAUACUUCCGUCACACGAAUCUACAGAUGUUUCGUGCCCCACAAAAAGACCGGAGAUAUCUGUUCUUACACAUGACUUUACUCGUCCCGCUUUCAUGUCUGUUCCUGCACUUGAUUCCAGGAUCUUGGGCCAGCUGAACGUCGCAGAGUUACUGACAGAUAUCUUACAACGGUCUCGUCUUGUACAUCCUGCGUCGCCCAAACCUGCAGACUCUAGGACUUCACGGGCUCUUGCUAAUUCCCUGGUAUCUACCACAUCCUUCGCACAUAUAUAUGGUGGGUUUCUACACGAUUCCGUAGAGACCUUACUUUCCAUCGUUCUUUGGGUACAAAGACUAUUGAAAGAGAUAUCAGUAGCAGUGGAACAACUUGACAUUCGAACCGAACAGGGUCGCUUCGUUCUGGCCCAAGUUCCAACCGUCUCCCGCAAUCGCAACGCCUCUUUUGUCGAUUCGAUAUCUCAAUAUGUAAAGUUCUACAAUUGCAUCUGGCUGGUCCUCAACGACGUAAUAGUCGGUGUCGCGUUCGGUUCGUUCCUCUGUGAGAACAACCUUGUUCUAUCUCGAAUGCUCGAACAUGGCAUGCAGUACUAUCUCGUGGAAUGUGUGCAGCACGCGCUCGUAUGGCUCAACAAUUGGCCGGCCGGAUUGAAACUCAACACCGAAUUGAGCCAAUUCUAUUGCCACUCCUUGUUGGGUGUUGUGAGUGCCUGGAGCCACAUCUUACAGUCGUUAACGCCGCACCUUCCUACUCUCAUCUGGAUGGUUGGAGCCAUGGGCUGCUGUGGCAUGACCAUGGUCGUCUCUCUCCUCUCCGACUCCCUCUCUCUUCUGACUGCGCACCUAUACAUCUGUUACUUCAUGUCGACCGCCAUCUUCCGUCAACAAUUGAGUCUCGCUGGCUCUCUGUGGAACCUCUUCCGUGGGAAACGGUACAACGUGCUGCGUAACCGGUUGGACUCGUGGGACUACGACAUGGACCAGCUCUUGCUCGGUACCAUCCUCUUCACCCUGGUUGCUUUCCUCUACCCGACCAUCUUUACCUACUAUGCCCUGUUUGCUACCACUCGCCUUGCAGUUAUCAUGAUACACGCGACGCUCGAUACUGUCUCCGCACUGCUCAACCACUUCCCUCUUUUUGCGCUCAUGCUUCGAUAUAAGGACCCGAUGCGGAUACCAGGACGAAUAACCAUCGCCCAUUCUCCUUCGCAGCUUGAUAAAUUCGUACUUGAGAACCAAGCGGCGCCCCUUUCAUCGAUAUUCGUGCAUUAUGCCCAUCUGGGAUCGCGCCUGUACUCGUAUUACCAUCCGCUCCGCCUCAUGCGUCUUCUUAUCACAGGCAGACGGAUCACACCCAUUCCCCGUUCUCUGAUACGCUUCAGCAUGAUCGCGACGCGAACGUAG